GCUUCCUUCUUAUACACCGUGUUUCUUAAUAUCUAUCAAAGAAUAAUUUUUGUUUGUGUUAUUAUUUGACGCCAUUAAAUUGACAGUCUGGUUUCAGCAGUACACACCCAAGCUCACAUUCAUCAGGAUUGCUCCCCUCCUACCAUGAACAUACAUGCACACCCAGCUUCCUCUUCCAGCAGCUACUCGCAUCCCUCCCUGACAUCCCCCCGCCCUCUCUCUCUCUCUGUCUCAGUUUGGGCAGGCAGCCAGCUCAGCCUCCCUCCCCUCCCUCUGCCUUUCUCUUUGCUCUGGAUCUCUCUCUGUGCGCGUUUCAAGCCAAGCCUCACAAUGCUGGCUUUACUGAACCAAGAGGAUCAGAAAUCCACUGCGAUGUCACUGCUCUCAUUCCUCCCAGCCUGUGGUGGCCUCUGCCUGUGAGGCGGGGGUCGGACAGCUCCUCCACCGGCAGAGCAGGACAGGUGGACUGUCAGACAGGACAAGCCCCACAUCACCUGUCCGGACUCUUGGAGCUGCAGCGGACAAAACCAGAGCGGAGUCCUUCUCCUUCUACUUGUGUCCUUGCUGGUGUGGUGAACAGCAGCCUCCUCUCAGCUGCAUGGAGGCACAGGGAGGGGCAGGGAGCCCAGAGCCCAACAAAGACAUCCAGAAGCUGCUGAAGCCGUCCAGCUCCGGUGACCUGUCCAGGGACCUGUUCCAACACCAGCUGGGGGAGGAAGAGGGAAGCCUGUCGGGCCACACUGCUAACAUGCUGCACAUCACAGAGAAGAGACAACCGCUGAGCAGCGUGUCAUCUUUAGAGGUGCACUUUGACCUUCUGGAUCUGACGGAGCUGACUGACAUGUCGGACCAGGAACUGGCUGAAGUCUUUGCUGAUUCUGAUGAGGAGAACCACAAUGAGCCCCCAGCAGGUUCCCACCAGCAUGCACAGCCCAGGGGGGGCUACCUGCGCUCCCCAUCCUGGACUCGCUGCAGCAAAGUCGAGCCUUCGCGAGAGAGAAAGCACCACAGUGACUCAGACACCACAGAGACCUUAAUGAAGCUGGAAAGGCCAAAGCAACAGUGACGUCCAACUUCAAACAACCAGACCACAGAGAGAGGAAACCCAGAGCCAAACACACAGACUGACCAAGAGGCCUCCGUCUGCCAGCGUGCAUUCAUGGUGCUGGAGGGUGAACUCUGGACACUGACUCUGCUCUGAAGAUGUUGAGAUGCAGUCUGUCUGUUUCUUUCUUUAUAACACACAUACACAUUGCAAUCAAAGUGUGUUUUUUAUGCAAUGAGUUUGAAUGCACUCCAGGCACCAAGACAAUUUGCUUUAAUUAUUUUUGAUGACAGACAGGGUAUGAAGUCAACAACGUGACAGCACCUUACAACCCGUCAGGGUGGUUCAGCAUCCACAGCCUUCAAAGUGACAUUCAGAGAGCAGAAAUCACCGGAAAUAUCCCAGUGAUGCUUCUGGAGACUGAAUGUGUUGCUGGUAAAUGUGGCCGUCUCCUGAUGCCCCGAGGCAGGGUGACCUGAGCAGACGUGUGAGUUCCAGGCUGCAAGUCCAAAUGCCUCAUUUCAAAACACUGCAUUUAUUUCACUGAUCUGUAUCCAGGGCACAACAGAAUUAUUGGCAUUUGCGCACAGUUUUUUUUAUUUCAAUUUUACUCAGAUAUAAAAAAUGUUUUCCUCCAAUUUUCAGUGUUAUUAUGAAAAUGACACACUUUGUGUAGAUGUGAAACGGCAUGCAGAAAGGUAGUUCUAGAAAAGAGGAAACAUUACUUCAGGUGGAUUCAUGUGGAUGCCAAAACUAAAUAAAGUGCCAACAAUUUUGAAACUAUUCAGUUCUGCUCUGAUGCAAUAUUUCCUAUCCAUGUCAGCAUCAAAAUAACAGAUUGCCACGAGUUUAACUGGACUUUACCAGGAGUGCCAACGAUUCUGAAUGCUGUGAUGGAGUGGAUCAAAAGUGACCAUAAAAUGGAAAAUCGUGAAAUAAAAAGUGUGUUGUGUUGUAA